GGGGCAAAACGCCACGUGUCCACAUAUCAGUGCAUUCGUAACAAUUUAACCAUUACGAAACGUAUAUUCGAUCAAAUAAAUCUCGAGUAGCAAAUUAGCUUUUUUAUUCAUUUGUUUGACUUCUCUACAAAAAUGAUUCACUUCGUGGUCUUAUUUUCGUGGACAGAUUUUGGGUAAAGUAAACCAUCUCGUUUCGUCUCGUCCUCUCUGGUAAGGUUUGUCCCUGGCCUGACCGACACCGGUAUUUGUUUACUUUACUGAGCACAGAGAAGAACGAUAUUUUAAGGGGCUGUCGUCGUAUGGGAAAACCCGAAAGCGCAAUUUAUGCACCCUCAGCGACCCAGGACAUCGAGCUUGGAAUAAAUAGAUGACUUUAUGAACGUUUUUAUAAUAUAGGCUAAACGCGGCCUUUUUUGUUGCGUCUAGGCCUAUUUGGAUAAGUGAAUUGCUUCAAAUAGCCAAUCCGAAGUGGGCGAAGAUCAGUGUUUUCAGCAGUAACCUACAGAUUCAAUGAUCCGUUCUCCAACUUGAGGUUGUGAUCAAAUAACCCACAUAAAAUAUAAUGGCAGCCUCAACAACUGCCCGGCGAAUGCCGAUGGGUGUGCGGACAUUCAGUGAAUUUCUGGAGAUUGCUGUUGGCUCAGGUCGCUCACCUUGUCACACUGCGAGGUCAAGAGAACAUAUGAGACAAACCAUCAGACACUUGUCAUCAUGUGGUAUUGUAAUGACCAGGACUCCCAGAGUGCUUUGCCACCAGCAGGAUUGGGUCAUGACGACAUCAGUUCCCCACAGCAGAACCUUCAUGGGGUUCACCAAUAAGAGAAAGGAGUACUCGGAGCGGAGGAUACUGGGGUACUCUAUGCAGGAGAUGUAUGAUGUGGUAGCCAACGUGGAUGACUACAAACUCUUUGUCCCCUGGUGUAAGAAGUCCCAGACCAUCAUGAAGAGGGCAGGCCACUCCAAAGCUCAGCUGGAGGUGGGGUUCCCACCCAUUGUAGAGCGAUACACAUCCAUGAUCAGUGUGGUGCGACCCCACAUGGUCAAAGCGGUGUGCACAGACGGAACACUUUUCAACCACCUGGAGACAAUAUGGCGCUUCAGUCCUGGCAUCCCUGGUUAUCCCCGCACCUGCACUGUGGACGUUUCGAUCUCGUUUGAGUUCCGCUCCUUGCUCCACUCCCAGUUAGCAACUGUGUUUUUUGACGAGGUGGUAAAAAAGAAUGUGUCUGCCUUUGAGCGCCGGGCCGGCACGCUCUACGGCCCACAGACUUGCGUCCCACGGGAAUUAAUGUUCCAUGAGGUACACCAAACGUGAGGUCCAUCUGGCAGUGUGUGCCCUUGCCCCAAACCAGCCUGCACCUUCACCCUGGCAGUCCCCUGUAUCACCUAGCUGGAGCUGCAGGACACUACACGACCCAGCCCCCAUCAACCGCCUCCAAUCUCCAUUACCACCAAGGCCCAGAUACCAAUAGCCUGGUCCCAGGUCUGUUUGUGCCAUCUUGCCAACUCCUAUGUUCACACUGGCAUGACAAACAGCUCUUUUGAGAUCUUGUACCAUCUGUGACAGCAGAUCUGGGACCAGGCUAAGCUGCCACUGGUGCAUCCUCCUCACAUUAUAGAGUAAGGACCAAGCAAUCAGUGUGGGCAUCACCCUGGUUUAUCACCCUACACAACUAUAGUUGACUUGAAAGUCCCAUAUCCUAGCCUGGAUCAUUUUCUUGUAAAAAGCUGCCAUCUACCUCCUCACAAGGGUUACUCUUCAGCACAGACCCCUUGUUGCAUUGACGUGUGUGCGCAAUUUUAAAAGAAUAAUCCUUCUAAGUCUAAUUGUAAAACAAAAAAGCCACUAAGCAAAUCAGAAUAGUUGGAAUUUAUUGCUGUGUAAUCAUGAGUGAGCAGGACACAAUAUUGAGUGAACGAAUGACAUGGACCAUUUUGAGUCUGUCAUAGUAUAUGACUGCUUUAAACACUGUAGAUUGCUGAAGAGUGGGUGCAGGUGCACUCCACUGACCUGCUAGGUUCUAGUUGUCCAAUCCUGUAAAGUUAAUAUAUCUUAAAAGGGGCAAUCCGAAGUUGACACAAUAACAACUUAAGCAUGCUCCCCAACCACUGUUUUGGUCAAAAGCUGAGGGAUGGGGUUGGAUAAAUGUAACUACUCUCAAAUUCUUAGAGAUCUAUGGAUACCUGGACUGACCAUCCAUGAUAUCAAAAUUAUAGUUUAACCAUGCUGAUGUUAAAAUAUAUGUUGAGGCUAUAGUUAAAAAAUAAAUAUAUUUUUUACAUUUGCUUUGUUUACAAACAUUGGUAAUAAAAUGGGGUUUCUGAUGGGGUAAGCUCGUGAGGCGUUUAAGUUAUUUGUCAAGAAUCAAAGGGUUCAUAUAAAUUAAUUCUAAGUCCUAAAAUGGAUUCAGCAACUGCAGAUUGCCCCUUUUUUUUUUUUUGAUAUUUUAAAUGUACCGUAUUGUUUAUACCAAGAAGUGCUUUUAAAAAAUGUUUAAGUUAUUUAUUAUAUAUAUUUUUUUAAAUAGCAAGUCAACUGCUUUUCAUUGCUUCAUAUUUCAUAGAUUAAAACAAUCAUUGGUCAUUUGCUCCUUAAACACAUUAAGCACAUUAAAUUGUCUUCAAUGUUAAGCUUUAUGUAAAUAUGGAGAACAGGAGCUGUGAAAAUUCUAUAAAGGGUCAACGCAAGCUGCCUAGCGAGUUCAUAAAUGAAACAAGACAAAGUAUUGCAAUUAUUUAUGCAUGCAAGAUAUGGCUAUUUGUGUCGGAUAUUUUCUUUGGAAUUGCAUUUCUGUUUGUUUUGCCUUUUGUUUUAAUGGGAAGACAUUUCAAUUUAAUUUUAGUUAAUGUGUAAUAACAAAGGGCUCAAAGUCAAACCGAUUGUUUCAUAUACCGGUAUGUAUUUGCCCUCUGCUAUGAUGGUGGCAUUUACUCUCAGUUGUCAUGAAAGGUAUAUAGGAAGCAAGUGUACGUCUUUUAAGAUGUAAGACUAUUCGUUUGUUAUUAAAGCAAGAAUUCCGGACUCAUAAGAAAUGUCUCAAUACUUCAGAGCAACUUUCUGUCUUUAUCCAGUCUCCGGCAUCAAACACAGGUAGUAGUACUGCUAUUGAAUCAAAUUGCACUUGACAAGUAGAAGCAAUGUAGUACAAGCCACAAAGCUAGGUGUUGAUGCCAUAUUGCAUUCAUUUACCCAGUCCUUUCUUAUCAGUGAGCUGUAAUAGACUGGAUAUGGAAAAUUAAACAAUUAAGUGUGUGGAUAUAAGGCAAUUGCAUGUUGUGUGUAUUGUAAAUGAAGAUGGAGGAGGUGGAAUGAAUCAUCUUACUGUAUUCAUAAUUAGGCCUACCUUUACUUAUUCUUUCAAUUAGUUUUAAGUGAGCAAUAAUGCACAGAUGGGUGUUGAGACCCAUACAGUGUAUGAGCAUAGUAUGUUUGAGUUUUGCAUGCUGAUCAAAGUUGUUUUGCCUGUUAAUCAUACUUUAGUGUGUAUGCAUUUCCAUCUGUAGCCAUGGUAUCAGUUGGACAGCAAACACUACAGUGUACUGUGCUCUCCUUUUCUUUUCCAUUAGAAAUUCUGGUUUUGACCAUGAGCAACUGGAUACUACUUAAUACAAAAUUAGUAAUCAAUGGAAUAUUGGGAAUAUGUGUGCAUGCAAUGUAGUUAUAGAGCCAAAGAUAUUUCCACCACUCGUAAAUGAGUUAAAAUAAAAUGUGAUUGUUCCCG